UAGAGUAUUACGGUCAAGGUAUUUACUGGGAUGAUGCUAAUUCUGAAUUAUAUCUAUGUUUAAACCAAUAUGCUAUAACUGUGCGAAAACCAGCUUGUUUUACAACUAAAGACAGUGGUGUGCUAUGGAAAGCAAUGGAUAUAAGCAUAGGAGCAAUUUUGGGUCACAACAUUUUGAAUGGGGAAUUAUAUGCCGUACACAGAAACCAGAAGUUGUAUUUAAUGUUUCAUAAUGUAUAUAAAAAAUGGCUAGCUGUCACAAAUCGCGAGUUUGAAACAAAAAUUUCUCGCAAUCUCAAUUGGACACGGCUAAAAACUAUGGAAGAAAAUUUUGAUCAAGCCAUUACUUUUGGAACAAACCAAUGGAUGGUAAACGGAGUCGGGCUAUAUUUCCGAAAACUCGGUGACGGUUUCUGGAUCCAAAGAAUCAAAUGGAAUGUUUAACAAAAAAUUUAAGCAAGUCUUAACGAUAAAUGUUUUUUAAAGUAAUAUAUAACAGUUAUUUUUUAGGUUGAUUGUUUU